AUGGAAACAUUAACAACCUGCCCUGUUUGUUAUUCAAGAUACACCCACAAUGACCAUCUCCCACUAAUCCUCUCAUGCGGCCACACAUUUUGCAAAAUCUGUGUUUCCCAAAUAUCUAAAUGUCCUUUAUGCCGAAAAACUUCAACAAGUGCAGCCACGAAUCUUUUAGUUUUCCAAGUAAAUUCAGCACCCUCAAAGCCCUGUUCUCACUCUCCUAGGUAUCUUUAUUGCCCUCUCUGCAGUUAUGCUUUAUGUUUAGAAUGUGUAGUGUAUCAUAAUUUGCAUGGGGUGCUCCCUCUUUCUGACAGUUCAAUAUCGCCAGUCACUAAAGAAAAAUUGGAAUCUGCAAGCAAGAAAUUAAAAGAUUCCAAUAAAUUAAUUCAAGACACACUGAAUAGAAUAGGUUUAUUACAUAACAAAAUAAAUAUAGAAAAAGAGGAAUAUGUAAUAAACAUCAAAGAAAAAAUUCAAGAGGUAAGAGAGGCACUAGACCAAAAAGAAUUAGAACUAUUAGAAGAGCUAGAAUGCAUGAUAAGGCCAAUCACGUCAAAACUUGAAGGAAUUUCUGCAGAAUUCCAAGCAGCUUUGAAGUUCAAUAAAGCAGAGCUAAAAUAUAUAGAAGAUCUUGGAAAAAUGGAAAUUAAAGACCAAAUUGAAAAAUUCAGGACUUUUCAAGUAAGGUCUAUUAAUGCAAAAAUCGUCGAUCCUAUAGGAGAAAGAGCGGAGGAGUUUAAAGGAAUUAGUUUUGACAUUGAAAAAUUACUGUUACAUAUAAAAGAUUUAGGAAAACCAGAAAUCCCAUUGCAUAAGAAAUUUUUUAAUUUCUAA